AGACUAUGAUCAAUGAUGGUUUCAAUAAUAAUAGACUACAUACCAAUAUUGCUAAAACUCGGAGGAAGCUUUUCUUUUCUUUUCUUCUAUUUUUCUUUUUUGGCAAGAUUUUCAAGCUUCAGAAGAAUAUCAGGAUUGUGCUGUGGCCCACUAGCUGUAAACUUGGCAGAAUAUCCUGCUCACUCCAAAUCAUUAGAAGUAAUGUAGCAUUCGGGUGAAGACUACAUUUCUCCCUCCAACACAGCACCAAACAUUUUUUACAUCUAAAAUUCUCUUGCAUUAUAUAUAAUUAAAUAGAUCUUCUGUUCUCAUCACAACCAAAAUGGGUUCGAGGUUUCUGGCCUUGUUCCUGGCUUGCCUCUGCUUCCCAUUAAUCAUUACUAAUGCCCAAGGGCCAGUAGCAUCACCAGUGACAUUGCCUACUACUCCUCCACCUACGACCACUGUGCCACCACCAACAACUACUGUUCCUCCACCUACAACUGUAACACCUCCGCCUUCUACCACACCAACUGCACCAACACAAUCACCAGUAAGUGCAGCAACGCCUCCAGCUGUUACACCACCAUCUCCAAAAGUAGCACCAGCUAUUAGUCCAACUGUCCCACCUCCACAAGUUCCUACGCCACAACCACCACCAGCUCCUCCAAUUGUAGCUCCAGCUCAACCACCUGCAUUACCACCACCGCCAGCUACACCACCACCUGCUUUGCCACCACCACAAGUGUCCCCUGCUCCAGCCCAAGUACCUCCAGCACCAGCCCCUGCAAAGGAUACCCCAGCACCAGCACCGGCCAAGGAAGCACCAGUACCAUCACCAGCAGCACCAGUUCCAGCACUGGCUACUCCGUCACCAGCCCCUGUACCAGCUCUUCCACCACCAGCUCCAACACCUGAAUUAGUACCUUCACCUGCACCAACUCCACCCAAGCACAAGAAGAAAAGAAGGCACAGGCACAAGAAGCAUCAUCAUCCACCAGCUCCAGCACCAACUCCCCCCAGUCCUCCAGCACCACCUACUACUGCGGUGGCAGAAUCUGAUGAUACAGCCCCUGCACCAUCCCCAAAUCCGAAUGGAGGAAAUGCAUUGUAUCAGCUGGGAGAAAGUUCUGGAAUUUGGGCAAGGACAUUAGUUAUUGCCUUUCUGCUGCUUGUCACAGGCUACAGUUUCUAGCAAUCUCAUAUCGUCAAGAGAUAUAAUUUUAUGUGUACAAAAUAAAGAUCACUCAAAAAUUCAUACAAAUAGGAGUUAUAAUGUAAAAGGCAUGCCGAUGGAUUGUCAAAAUUUUGUAUUUUUUCAGUUCAUACAAUUAUUCUUUUGAGUAUGGUUCUUA